AUGGCUCAGCCAACUACUAGUACCCAGCAACAGCAGCAGCAGCAGCAGCAGGUAUCGCAGGAGGAAAGCGACGCUGCGCGGCCGCUCGCCGCGCUCUCCGGGAGCCCUCCGCCGCUCGUGGAAGGUCCCAGCAGCGCACUCGUGCGCCUGCUCUUCGCGGACCUCUCUGGCCAGCGCCGCGUGCGGGCGGUUCCCUGGGACCGGUUCCGCACGCUGACGUGUCAGCAGGGGGUAGGCCUGGCGCGGUGCAUCUACGCGUUCGCGUCGUUCGUGGAUGGGCCCGCCCCCGGGUGUGGCCUGUCCGCCGUGGGGGAGGUGCGACUCAUGCCUGACGUCAGCACGCUGAGGUCCCUCCCGUGGUGUCCCAAUCAGAUGCUCGCGUUGGUGGAUGCACACGUGGCGCCAGGUCAGCCGUUUGCCGUCUGUCCGCGCAGCACACUGAGGAGGGUGGCAGCAUCGCUCAAGGACAGGUUCGGCCUGGUGCUGAGAGCCGGGUUUGAGAGCGAGUUCACUCUCCUCCACUCCAUGACCCCAUCCAUGGUCCCUGUGGACCGCACGCUCUACUGCUCCGCCCUGGCGUUUGACGAGCAGGCGGAGCUGAUGGGGGCCAUGGUGGCUGCUCUGCACGGCAUGGGCAUACCCGUGGAGCAGCUCCACCCGGAAUCGGGCGGCGGGCAGUUCGAGAUAGCAGUGGGGCAUGCAGCUGACGUGGCAGCAGCUGAUAGGAUCCUGCUGGUGCGGGAAGCAAUCUCUGGGGUGGUGCGGAGAGCAGCAGCAGCAGGGGUGGCGAGUGGGGAGGUGGAUGGCACGAGCAGCAAAAGGAGCAGCACACCCACGCAUGUCACCUUCCUUCCACAAGUCUUCCCUCGCGACGCAGCCAAUGGCAGCCACGUCCACGUCAGCAUAUGGCGGGAGGUCACUGGUGGGGCUGACGCAUCAUCAUCAUCAUCAGCAGCAGCAGCAGCAGCUCCAGCAGCAGCAGAAACCUCCUCCGGUGCAUCUAUCGUGAUGUCGGAAGGGGGACGCACUUACGUCAACGCAUUUGCAGCGACGGGGCAAGCGGGAGAAGGCGGGCAGGCAGAGCAGCAGGGAGGGCAGCAGGGCAUGUCAGAGGAGGGGCAGCAGUUCAUGGCCGGGGUGAUGGCGCACCUGCCCUCCAUCAUGGCUCUCUCGUGCCCGCUGCCCAACAGCUACGAGCGUUUAGGCCCCAACAAGUGGACAGGUGCCUUCCAGUGCUGGGGGCAUGAGAACCGCGAGGCGGCUGUGAGAGUGGCUGCUCCUCCCACCGACACUGCCAACGGCACAGCCGUUGCUGCUGGCGUGGUGGCAGCGUUCCCAGUGACCAACUUUGAGGUGAAGGCGUGUGAUGCAUGCGCCCAGCCGCACCUGGUACUGGCGGCCAUCAUUGCUGCUGGCAUGGAUGGGCUUGAGAAGAAGCUGCAGCUGCCAGAACCUGCUGACGUCAAUCCAGCUGACCUUCCGCCCGACUCUGCGCCUCCCCGCCUGCCCGCAUGUCUGGAGGACUCACUAGCAGCCUUUGAGGCGGACACUGUCCUGCGGGCAGCACUGGGGGAGGCCAUGGUACAGGCGAUUGUGGCCGUGCGCAAGGAGCGCCUUGGUGUGUCGAGAGAGGGAGGCACUGGGAGAUGGGAUGAUGCAUGCAAUGCAACCCUCCCCCACCCACAACCCCCUGCCCUUCCCCCCGCCUCCCUUCUCCCCCUCCGCGUUUUCCCCUAUCCUUCCUCUAACUCUGCCUUCAAUGGCUUGCUGCUUUGA